AUGAAGGACUUUGCUCUGUCGCUGCUGAGCCGAGGGUGUGGCCAUGUGGUCCAGACACAGGUGGACAGCCAGGGUGGGAGGAUCGAGGUCUGCUUUGAACCUGAGGACUACUUUAACUGGAAAUCCAGUCAGCCAGUGCUCCGCUUGUCCGACAGCGGAAGGAUACGAUGUGGGGUAGAGCCUGCACCUCCAAAAACCUACAGCACCAGGAGGGGGCCACUUUUGCUGUACUCUGCCGACAUGGCCCUGCCUUGCAAGCCGGAAGACGCAAGCAGGAAGAGGCGUGGCUACCAGAAUUCUGUACAGCAAGUGGAACUUCAACUCCGCACACUGACUGGGGCCAUCUUGGCUUAUGACAAAAAGCAGACACAGGAUGCCAGUAAUGUUAUAGAUGCUCAACCAUCCCUGCCUUUCCCUAUGCCUCCCCCUGUCACUCAACUGAGCCAAACCUGGUACCCCCCAACCUCACCAUGUGACCCCAAAGAGCCUGCAGGUGUAUUCUAUGACCACUCAAAGGAACAGCCUCUCGCUCCAAAUCCCAGCCCAUGUGAUUGUGAGGAUGAAACAGUCUUCCUCCUCCACCCGAGACCCUACACAGUACCUCGAGGCCCCCUUCCUCCUAUUCCUGAGGGCAUAGUCAAGAACUGGGGCGACACAGGUGCUCAUGGGAAAUGUAGUGCUACUGAAGCUGGGGAAGUUGGAGAGAGGCCUCGCCCUCUGAAGACAGCCUUUGUGGACUCGUCCUGGAGUUGCAGUCGCCUCUCUCAUGUCACCUACUAUGGGGGUCACCUUAGUGGUGGCCGGCUAGGAAUCAGCUGUGUGGACCGGAAAGUUGCUGACCCUGACAUCCCCUUUCCCACCCUGCACUUCCCCCCUGUGCCAUCCGGACCCCUGCUCAAGUCAACACCACUUAUUUGGUCUGGCCCAGAUAAAGGGUGCACAGGAGGGCUAGAAAAGCAGGGUGGGGCAGUGCGCCUGCCUCCUCUGUGUGAGUCUAAUAGCAGCACAGGGGCCACUGGCCUCACACGUCCACAUAGUCCAGGGGCCCCUGCCCUCAGACCUCCACAAAGCACCGAGGACCCUCGCCACGGUCGUCCGCAGAGAGAACUGCACAGGAAGAUGCUACUGCUGCCACUGCUUGAACAUACUCAGAGUCAGAAGGCUGAUGUGCUGAAGCAACAUGGUGGUUCCCAUGAUAUCCCAGCUGCGGAUGGAAAGCGGGGUUUCUGUGAAGAAUUUGGACAGGAUAAAGAGAUUGUUAAGACUGGACAUACCAACAGGCGACCUAGUCCCACUCCAGCCGUUGAGCCCAAAAACAGUGAGUCCGAGCCCACAAACAGAGAGUCCAGUCCCACUUCAAUCAUUGAACCCAAAAGCAGGGGGUCCAGUCCUACUUCAACCACUGAACCCGAAAGCAGAGGGUCCAGUUCCACUUCAACCAUCGAAGCCAAAAACGGAAUGUCCAGUCCCAUGCCUGCCAUUCAUCCCAAAAACAGAGUAUCCAGUCCCAUACCUGUCAUCCGUCCCAAAGGGGUCAACUUAGACGGUCUUGGCCUGCUGGAACCAGGGAAAGAGGACAUCUCCCCCCUGGGCAUGCUUCCUUCUCUGGGCGGACGAAAGGGUCCUGGGAAGCAGAGCUCCAUGGCCAUCUUCAGACAGGAUCUCUCUGGUCCCCAAGACUGUGACCCUGACGACCUUCAGACGGCAGUUGUCCGUGGGAUACUUCCAGUGGAACUGAGAGAGUGGCAGAACGUGGGUACCGUCAUCAUGGGCCCUGAUGGCGAGAUCAUACAACUCUCCUUCUGGGGUUCUGCUGCUGACACCAAUGACCAGAAGCUACUUGAUGACAUCGCUAGAGGACAAGCGCUCAAUGCCUCAGAACUGAUGCAGGACCAACCCUGGGCCCUUCUACUGCAGGCCAACGGAGGAACCUUUGUCAGUGAUUCUUUUGGUGGCCAAGCCUAUAUGAACCAAUCUGCCCUGAACAAACAGGAUGGCUUUGGGAGAGAAUUCCCUUAUGGUCAACAGGGGGCAGAAGAGAGUCAGGGCUUAUACCCAAUCAGUGAGGACCAAUGCUCCCUCCCUAAGAGGCCCAGAGGAAUGGGCACUGGUUCUGAGUUCUCCUAUCACAACACAGACCUGGAGAGUGAGGAAGGGAUGGAGGGAACAUGGGAUCAUCAGGCUGGGCCACUGGGCCUGGGUCAGAAACGCUCAAAGGGACUAUUGGGGAGAGGAGAGGAGGCCUCCAGUACUCACCCCUCAGCAUCAGCACUGUAUACUGGUGGAGGGAACACAACAGGAGGCUUUUUGUCCAAUAAGCAGUCUGCUGAAACCACAGCUGGAGCCAUGAGUGGAGGGAGAAGUCAGUCUGGUCAAGACCUUGGUAAAACAAGUAUGGAUGCAGAUGCUAAAAAGGCCAAGAGGAAUAGAAUGGAGCAACAGGAAGAAGGUGACAUCAGAAACUGGAAAGUGGCAGAAGGGGAGGACCCAUUCGGCGAGAUGUUGACUGAGGCUGAAAGGAAAGCAAAAGGAAUGAAAGAGCGAUCACAAAAUGUUUCAAGUUCACAGGCAAAGGAAAAAAGGAGGGGAAAGCAACGUGCUCCGUUUGUUGUCGGAAAUGUGCGGGAGAAUGCAUUGGAGAGACUGGCAGAGGAUAGGAAAGACAGGUCACCAGGUGUACGUAAUAAGCUAGACGGGGUGACCCCUGAUGGAGUAGAGAAGGACAAGGAUCGAGUGAAGCUACGUGGGGCUUCCAGCUCAACAUUUGGGGGAAGCCAGAAUGGUGGUGACUCACCAGGGGGGAAGUCAAACACCCAUGUAUCACGAAGAAACAGGGCGCUGGGCUCUGGUAGACUGAGCUCUUCUGAGCUUCUGGAUGAUUCUGCCUGCUGUGACCUUCCUGAUACCCCGACCGCCUCCACAAAUAAGAGCCAGUCAUCUGCUGCUUCCAAGAUGAGGGACCAAUCAUCAGCUGCUUCCAUGAUGAAGGGCCAAACACCUGCUACCUCCAUGAGAAACAGCCAAUCACCUGCUUUUUCCAUGAUGAAGAGCCAAUCACCUACUCUCUCUUUAACUGAGAGCCAAUUGCUUCUCAAGGGAGGCAAAAGAGAGGCAUCUCAUGUGAACCUUGUCAACUUGGGUGGAAACAGUAAUACAAUGAGUGAUGGCAGCAGGAGAGAGAGCGGAGCCCACAAGGAGAUGCUGGGGGCAAGGCGGGUUUCCCGGGCAGAGCAGCGCAGGAUAGAGGUGGAGAGGAAGAGGACCGAGAAAGAAGAGCAGAGGAAGAGGCUACAAGAGAAAGAGGAGAAAGAGGAGCGCAUGAGGCAGGAGUUACAGAAGGAGCACGAGCACCGUGCUGAGGAGCUCAGGCUCAAGAAAGUGCAGGAGCAGAUGGAGCUCCAACAGCAUGAGGAACGUGAGAAGGAGCAUGUGAGAAAGGAGCAGGCCGAGAGAGAAAAGGAGAAAAGAAGACAGGAAGAAAAGAAACGACAAAUGGAGCGCUUCCUGAAAAUUAGGCGGCAGGAGGAAGAGCAUAGAGCAGCGGAGCUACAGCGCCUCCAUGUGGAGGAAAAGGAGCGCAUGGAGGAAGAAAGGAGGAAGCUGGAGGAGAUGGAUGAGGAUGAGAGGCAGGAGUACCUGGUACAACGUCAGAAGGAGGAGGAGGAAAGGAGGAGAGAGGCUGAAGAGAGGAAUGGGAAGGAAGGGGAAGCAGCGAUUAUCAGACAUGAGGCAAUGUUGCAGCUUGCCAGACAGAGGGCAGCCCUGGAGCAGAAGCUGAAGUUCCGGCGGGCCUUGAAAGCGGAGGCAGGGGCUCUGGAGCUGGCACAGAGCGUAUCACGCCCCUGGGUUUAUUCAUACUACAGACUUUUAAAGAUCUUGGGGGUCCAUGACAUCCCUCCAGCCCCAGAAGACUCAGCCGAUGACUGAAGGGCUGAGCUUUCAUCCUGUACCUGUCCUUGACAACAUGGUUGGGCUUACGGGUUUCACUUGUAAAAACUCUGGGAAAUGCUGAGGGCAAUUUUGUACUGCCCUGCAAGGCUGGCAGCCAGUUUGUACCGGCGUGACCAAGAUUCGAUAUUUCACCGGAGGCCAUGUCUCUCCAUUGAACCAGUAGUGCAGUAGUGAGGAUAAGGAAUUCACAGAAUUAAUUAAGCUUUCACACAUUAAUUCAUGGUCACUUUAUAUUACACUGAGCACACGUAGGUCUUAUGAUAAGUUUGAAUCCCAGCCAAGGGCCUUUCUGUGUAGCCUUUGCAUGUACUCCCUGUAUCUGCAUAGGUUUCCUCCAGAUACACCAGCUUCCUUCCACAAUCCAAAGACAUGCAGGUUACUACCACUGUGUGAUUCACCUGUCAAACAUAAGCACACCCAAGAUAACAUUUUACCAGACCGCCAAGCUCUCCCAAAAUGAAGAAGAUGAUGAUGAUAUGACAUAUCAGCAAGACUUCCUCAGGCUUUUCCAAUAUACCAUAAACAAUGGCACAUGCAAUUGCAAAAUGAGAUCAUAGACACACUGGCCAAUUUGGAGCUUCAGGAUAGUAAGAGAAAAUAUGACCAUGCAGACCCAGCAGCAUUCUGCAUGAAGUGAUGGGACAUAAUUAUGAGAUUUGCCUCAAUUUCAGUACCUGAGGAGCACCUGAUUGGUUGACUUAAUCUGAACCAAUGCUUUCGCUCAUUAAAAAACAGAUGAGACCAUGGUGAAGGGGAUUACAGCACUGACAGCAUCAUCAGCCAGUGCUAAGAUGGUGUAGAUGCCAAGAGCAGGGUUAGGAAAAUGGUUCAGUCACUACUUUGGAAAAACCUUGUCUCUUAGAUUCCGUAUAUCCAUUACUAUAACCAUCAGUUACACCUGACAGCAGUACAUGUAUUUCAAGCAGAAUGUUAUGCCAAGUAUCUGCAUGCUUUUUUCUCAGACAUUAGGUCAACAAUAAAUGCAAAUGUAUAAUCUUUUAAAAAUGAUUAGACAUUCGACAGACUAGCUGUCACCAAGUGCCUCAUGGAAAGGGCCAUCCUGCCUCUGAGGAUAGUGGCGCACCAAUGGCCUGAUGAUAUAGCCAAAAUUACAUGAUUUCUUUAGAACAGGCAGCUUUCUUCAAGAUGCUUGGUAUCUUUUAACAAGCCAAUGCAGUCUAACAAGGGCAAGCAGGGGACAUUGCCUCUGCUGGUGAGAUUUUCAGUGCAAAUUUAAAAGAAAUGUGGGAAGAUCAGUCAUGGUUGGAUGUAUGUCAGUGAUGAGCCAGUUGCUCCAAAGUGAAGAACAUUUAUCACAGAGCUAAGAGAAAGCUUUGUGCUCUAAUCAUAUCACAGCUGUUCUCUCAAAGGAAUCUGGAGAUCAUGGGUGCAGUGUCUUACUCCCCAGUCUCACUAUUUUCUUGAUCAUAGAUGGUUGAAACCCUUCCUGCUUCUUGCUUGUGUUGAAACUGAGAGCUUGAUUAUUGAAAUUAAUGCAGGGAAAACUAUGCUUCAUAGGCAAUUCCCCAAAGUGUCACUUAAGCAUCACCGCUUUUCUUAACACAAGGUUGAAAUUUACAUACCCAAAAUAAAAUGGUUACUAUUCUUGAACCCUUUUGACUACAGGCAUAAUCCUGGUCCCCUUUGGGGUUUGCGUUCCAAGAGUUAUAAUUGAUUUAUAUUGAAGUAUUACUGAAACAAAGUUACAGAAACUAAAAAGAUUUUCUGUUUUUGAGUGGAUACAGAUUAUUGUGGCUACACAACUUAAAACACUAUGGAGUCACAGCCAAAACACUGGACAAAUCCCCUUUAAGAUUUGAGGACAAUAUCACCAAAUAUGAGCAUUCUGCAUUGCUUUUUCUUAGCUCCAAAAUGAACAUUUGGAGACUCCAAAUGGACACAUGGAAACCAAAUGAUAUUAUGAGUCUUGUGUAAAAUACUGUAUUUUGCUUACUAAAGUAUACAACACUUUUUAUCCUGCCUGUGACCCUGCCCCUUCCCCCCCCUCUCCUCAGACAGCAGCAGGUCGUUUUUAGAAUAGCAUUAUUAUACAUUUGGUUUGCUGGACCCUUGCCGUGAAAAGGACACGAACAUUAACUUAUUUAAUGUAGCAUAUGGUUUUUCCAAAAUGCAGAGAAGGCAAGGUCCCCCCACCCACGUUACAAAACAAGGAACUGCUGUUGCUAAAGCAAUGGCACCUUAUAGGUUAGACAGAUAGAACAGUGAGUUUUAAUGCUUUCAAAUGGUACAUCCUGUUUCCAUAGUGAUUGAAAAUUGCAAAGUGAAAAAAGGAAUGAAUAUAAAAAACCCACAUCGGCCCAGCCCUGGGCCAGUGAGACCAUUAGAUCUUAGAAAGAUGUAUUUCUGGCAGUUAUCUAUGUGACUGCUUAGGACACUGGGGUAUCUUCAGUAUAAUGUGAAAUCUCCUUCUCUACAUUGACCUGAAUCUUAACCCCCCUCUUAUUGCACCAUGCUACUGUACAUGCAAGAAACAGGAUCCUAUUCCAGCAAAUGUAUCACCAAAAGACUAGAUACAGAUGAAUUUGUCAGGGAUUUUGUCCAAAAAAACUGGAGACUGAUGCUGCGAGACAUAUUGGAGGGCAGAAUUAUUUCUUUGUGGUAUUUUGCAGUAUUCAUUGUAUAGUGCUGUGACAGGCUGGGUCGCACUGACAAAUGUGGAAUUAAGUUGUGCACACUCUACCGGCAAAUAAAACAAUGGUGAAAACCAGAA